UGGGGGCAGGCUGAGCUUCACGGAAAAAUAAAUGAUGUCUGUUGCUGCAGACAUUCAUUUUGCCCCAGGGAGUGGGAACGUCCCUUUUGCUAAAUUCCUUGCAUAGCAAACCUUUUAGUAGACCAGGAUGGAAAACUCCUUUCUUGCGGCCUCUAGAGACCUGGGAACUACCUUACCCAGAAAACCUGGGGCGGAGUUGAGCCAAUGGCACACCAGGAUGAAAGUUUUUCCUUGAUAUCUCAUCCACUUGGGGCGGGACUUGAGGCGUCUUCCUCGUGGCGGGCAUUUUUUCAGCUCCCCUGCAACGGUGGGGACUGACCUGACCAAACUAGUAGGCGCAAAGGCGUCGUUGCUUUCACACCGCACAGACACGGCCGUGAGGCUGGGCUAUGCCGCCCGGAUGACCCGUGCCACGGCCGAUACCAGGACCACUUUAUCCAGGGACCCCUCACCUCUCCCGCCUCUGCCACCGCUCCCUCCUUGCAGUCUGCACGCGCCCGGCACGCCCCGCUCGCGCCGGUCUGCUCUCUAGUCCGAUGGCAGCGUCCGCGCUGCAGCGCCCGACAGAGGUGAGUGCGGGUCCCUCGGGUCCUCCCCACUCUCACCCCACUGAGCUCUGCAGCCCGGGUGCGGGGCUCCUGUCACAUCCUGCACCCCAGGCCCGGGAGUCCGGGAUUGCGAUGAAGGCUGAGUGGAAACAGGAGGGUUGUGGCUACUGAGGGGACAGCAAGUACAGUGCAGAGGGGACCGGGCUUAUUCGUGUCUGAAAUUUACAUGCUCUUCUGGGUGCCUAAUAAUGAAGUGAAGAGAUCGGCAGGGAGGACUGCAGCUCCUCAUUGGGCUUUCCCCGGCUGUGGGACCCGUCACAGGAUGGCGCUGUGCUGUUGUUUGAGUCUCUCGAGCACUCUGGGUGCCGUGGGUCGCCCACCGGGUGAGUGGAGAGAGUUUCCUGUGAAGCAGGGCAGGGCAGUCACAGAGCUGUGGGGGUGGAACUGUGGGAACCGAAGGUGUUAGAAGGUAGCGAAACAGUGUUGUGCGCACGUGUAGGUCAUGUGAGCUGAUGGCCCCAAGGCCUUGGGGGGUGGAACCAGGUGAAGCAGGAGCCCAUUUUUGCUGAGUCCAGUAGGUACAGUCUGGGAGACCCCUGGGGGGAAUUGCUCUGCAGGAGGGUUGGAGCCCUGCGGGUAUGGCCCACAGCUUGGAUGAGGUCCACGUGUCCCCUGUUACUGAGGGCUGCACACAGUCAUUACGUUUCCCCUGAGAAGUGAACAGGCAUCCCAGUCUCCAGGGCCUGGCAUCUCUUCUGCUGCGGGAACCCUGGAGGAGGAUGAGCUGGGGGAAGAUGUGUGAGGUGAUGGACUGUGAGGUUCUCAGAAAGACAAAGUUUGUGGUUUCCUCUGUCCGUAUCUUGACAGGCCAGAGUGACCUUUGCUGAUGUUGCCGUGCACUUCUCCUGGGAGGAAUGGAGGCUCCUUGAUGAGGCUCAGAGACGUCUGUACUUUGAUGUGAUGCUGGAGAACUUUGCACUUAUAUCCUCACUGGGUGGCUGCUGUGGACCAGAAGAUGUAGAAGCCCCCUUUGAACAGAAUGUUUCUGUGGGAGUGUCACAGGCCAACACCUCCAGGGCAUCUCUGUCUUCCCUGAAGGCUCACUUCUGUCAGACUUGUGGUCCAGUCUUGAGAGACAUAUUCCAGUUCGCUGAACACCAAGGAACACCACACAGCCAAAAAGUUUUGAGGUGUGGGGUAUGUAUGAAAGAAUUUAAUUGUAGUGCAAACCUCCAAACACACCAGGAGCAGCACCUGGGAGCGAAACCUUUAAGAAGCAGUGUGGGCAGGACCUUGUUUGUGAAGAGCCAUAAAUCCGUUGUUUCAGAAAAGCCCUUUAUUUGUGAUGAAGUUGGGAAGAACAUCCUGGCCACCUCAGAACAUCUACAGCAGCAAGUGACUCAUACCAGGGAAGAACCCAACAAAAUCACACAGUGUGGGGAAACUAUAGAAAAGAGAAAAACUCUUCUGACCUGGACAGAAUGUAAGAAAGUCUUCAACCCUAGACACACACAUGCUCAGGACCAGGACAUCCACACUAGGAGACAGUGUUUUGUGUGCCCUGAAUGUGGGAAAGCAUUUAGGAAUCAGUCCUCAUUAGUUGUUCACCAGAGAGUUCACACCGGUAAAAAUCUUCAUGUAUGUGGCAAAUGUGGCAAGUCUUUUAGGCUAACCUCAACCCUUAGUCGUCAUCAAAGAAAUUAUUGUCAGGCAAGACAGUACAAGUGCAGCAAAUGUGGGAAGUCCUUUAACCGAAAAUUUGUUCUUAUUUAUCCGUGGAGAAAUCAUACUAAAAAAAUACGUGACCUGUGCUGUGAAUGUGUGCAGUUGUUCAGCCGUAGAUCCAUCCUUAUUCGACAACGAACGGUUCAGUCUGGAGAAAGGCGUUAUGAGUGUAUGCAAUGCGGGAAAGCCUUUAGACGAAAAUUUUACCUCAUUGUACAUAUGAGAGUUCACACUGGCACAAGGCCUUAUCAGUGUAGUGAAUGUGGGAAAUGUUUUACCAAUAGUUCAGUACUUAUUUUACACCAGAAAGUACAUACAGGAGAAAGGCCUUUUGAGUGCAGUAAGUGUGGGAAAUCCUUUACCAGUAGUUCAAUACUCAUUCUACACCAAAGAGUUCACACAGGAAAAAGGCCUUAUGAGUGCACUGAAUGUUGGAAAUCCUUUAGCCGUGAGUCGUACCUUACUCAACACCAGAUAGUUCAUAGUGGAAGAAAGUCUUACGAAUGCAGUGAAUGUGGGAAAUCUUUUACCUCUCGUCCAGGCCUACGUUAUCAUGAGAGUGUUCACAAUGGAUCCAGGUCUUAUGAGUGUAGUCAAUGUGGGAAAUGUUUUACUUCUCGCCCCGGCCUUCGUUAUCAUCUGAGAGUUCACACUGGAAGAAAGCCUUAUAAGUGCAGUGAAUGUGGGAAAUCUUAUAGUCAAAAGUCCAACCUCAUCCAACAUCAGAGAGUUCACACAGGUGAAAGGCCUUAUCAGUGUAGUGAAUGUGACAAAUGUUUUACCUCUAGCUCUGCUUUUCAUUAUCAUAAGAAAGUUCACACUGGAGAAAGGCCUUAUCAGUGCAGUGAAUGUGGGAAGUCUUUUUUAUCUGUUUCCAACCUCAAUAAUCAUCAGAGAGUACACACAGGAGAGAGACCCUAUGAGUGCAGUGAGUGUGAGAAAUCUUUUAUUCAAAAACAUCACUUUCUUUUACACCAGAGAGUUCAUAGAGGAGAAAUGCCUUAUCAGUGUACCGAAUGUGGGAAAUCUUUUUCAGCUGGUUCCAACCUUAGUAAUCAUCAGAGAGUUCACACUGGAGAAAGACCUUAUGAGUGCAGUGAAUGUGGAAAAUCCUUUAUCCAAAGACAUCACCUUCUUACACACCAGAGAGUUCAUACAGGAGAAAGGCCGUAUCAGUGCAAUGAAUGUGGAAAAUCUUUUGCAUCUGGUUUUAACCUGAGAAAUCAUCAGAGAGUUCAUACUGGAGAAAAGCCUUAUGAGUGCAGUGAAUGUGGAAAAUCCUUUAUCCAAAAAUGCUACUUUCUUAUACACCUAAGAGUUCACACAGGAGAAAGGCCUUAUGAGUGCAGUGUAUGUGGAAUUUCUUUUACCACUAGGAGGAAACUCCUUUAUCAUCAGGGAGUUCACAGUGGAGAAGGACCUCAUGAGUGCCAUGAAUGUGGAAAAUCUUUUACCUCUAGUUAUGCCCUCCGUGAUCAUCAGAGAGUUCAUACCAGCCAAAGGCCUUAUGAAUGCACUGAAUGUGGGAAGUCCUUUAGAGCAAAUUCUUACCUCAUUGAACACUGGAGAGUUCACACUGGAGAAAAGCCUUACCAAUGUACUGAAUGUGGGAAAGCUUUUUCAUCUGGCUCUGGCCUCCGUUAUCAUCAGAGUAUUCACACUGGGUUAAGGCCUUAUGGGUGCAGUGAAUGUGGGAAAUCUUUUCCCAAGAGCUCGGCACUCAUUCGCCAUCGAAGAACUCACACAGGUGAAAGGCCUUAUGUGUGCAGUGAGUGUGGUAAAUCCUUUAUCCAGAGACAUCACCUUCUUGUACACCAACGAGUUCACACAAGAUGAAGGCCUUAUGGUCCAGCAAAUGUGGGAAAUCUUUUAAGGAUAGUUCCCAGUCCAAUUAACACUGGGCAGUUCAGUGCUAAACUGUAGAAAGGUGCGUGAGUUAAAAAAUGUGGGAAAUCUUUUAGCCAUAAGUUUUACCUUUCUUAACACCCAAGACUUCAUACUGCAAAAUGAUUUUAUAAGUGUAUGGAAUGUAGGAAAUGUUGUAUCUGGAGUGUGUUAUCUGAUAAUUUACACAAGAUGAAGGCCUAUGGUGUAGCAAAGGUGAAAAUUCCUUUACCCAUAGCUUCACAGUCUUUCACCACCAGAUAAUUCAUUUAGGAGAAAGGCCUUAUAAGUGCACAAAAUGUAGAAAAUCCUUAAAGAAUUCACCUUAUUAUACAGUGUAGAAUUUACACUGGACCCUAGAUGUGCAAGGGAAUGUGCACUUUUCUUGUCCGUAUAAUGACACGAAUAAACCAUGAGAAGCCAUCUGUCUGAAUUUGAUCUCAUAUAUCCAGUUGUCCACAGUUGGGAGAUUCACCAUAAGUUUAGUUAUGUGGGAAUCAUGUGUGUCUAUGUUGCACUUUCUAACCUGCCCAGGACUCUUUGCCAUUUUCUGUUUUCAAAGUCAUUUCAGACUACCAUGUGGCAAGUCCCCACAGUUUGUGUCCAUUACCAUCCUGCUGUGCUGACUUGUGUUCUCCCGUGUAUUGGAGGAAAAGAGGAGUUUCCCUGAGGUCUUUGGAGUCACACUGGGCAAAAAUCCAACCCUAUAUUGGCUCAGAGAAUAUCACAUGAGUCUGGCUGGAGGGCCAUGUUCUCCCAGGAAUUUUUCCAGCUUCCAAGUUACCAACUUGACCUCUUUGCUGCACUUUGCUUUGGUUUGUACAAUACUGUUUAAUUCCUUGCUGUGUCAGUUCUCUUUUAUUUUCUGAGUUCUAUGUAGUGAGUGGUAUAUUUCAUAAACAGUUUGGCUCCACAAGUAUGAAAGGUGAACGUUUUAAUGAGGAUCCCCAAUCUCGUGUUCUUCAUAAGGACGGUAUAAUGGCAAAAUACAGCUCACCAAUUUUUGCCAAAUUUACAUUCUUUCUAGGAAGGACUGCAUGGCUUUUUGGUCUUUGUAUGAAGCCUAGAAGCUAUGAAUUUUAGGAGAUUUAGAAAUCACCCUGUGGAGGGGUCAGAUGUGAUCAUCUCAAGUACUUCUUGGAGCAGCAUGAAUUUUCCCAUUGUUCACAGGGGAUAAUCUCAGGGUAUGUUAAAGGGAACCUGUUUCCUAGGUCCUGCAGUGAACCAUGUGUUCUCAUAAUUAGAUUCCUUUGGUGAUGGUCACUUGUUGUAAGACCACUGGGGCUACUGAAAACUGUAACUGCUACAGAAAUGGCACCGGAUUUGUAGGGAUUGGAGACUUUAGCCAACACAAUGGAAUGUGCUUCUUAAAUACACAAGCAUUUCUGUAACAGUGACUGUGCAGGAUCAGUGUGCACACAAAUCUUAGGAUCUCCAGGCAUGUUUGUUUUUUUUUAAGAUUUUAUUUAUUUUUAGACAGGGGAAGGAAGGGAGGAAGA